AUGGAGCCUAUCAACUCAUUAAGACCAGCUGUCUGGAAUGCUGGCGACGAAAGGGACUUUUCUUCCUGGGAUCAACAUCGCGAUACACUGCGAUGCUUAUACCUGGAUGAAGGCUGUAGCCUCAAGACGAUUAAACACAAGAUGGAGGCUGAGCAUGGGUUUCCGUUAUAUCGCCUCAAGGAUUACGAAACCGUUUUUCGCGAGCAUUUCCAUUUUCGCAAAAAUCUCGAGCAAAAAGACUGGGAAUCCAUAGCUUACCGAAUUGAAGAGAGGAGGAAAAAGGGAAAAGCCAGUGUCGUGUAUCUGGGUAACAAGGCAUUAACAAACAAAAAAGUCCAAAGAGGAACUCGCCAGUUUAUUUCCACUGGUAAUAACCAGCCAAAGACGAAUCUGUCCCAUCCCUUGAACCCAAGAAUCCGGAUCAAAACACCACCACCUAGACCUGCAGACAUUGCUGGCGGAAGCGCAACAGAUGUGCAAGAUGGAAGUAUUGCACCAGCGCAGGUGCUAGCUACUCUCAAAUCUACACCACACUCGGUGCAACCGUAUGCAGCCGCUAGCAAUCAUCAGGUAGCCGAUGCUAGCCCACAGUCUGCAUUACACAAACCAUUGCCUGCGAAUGCGCAUUCAGAAACCAUAUUAGAAUAUAAAGCAAUUCCUAACAAUCAAUAUGGCAGUGAUGCACAAAAUUAUGGAUUCCAGUCUUCAGCUCCACGCAUCACUUUACCAGGAAUAGGCUCCAUACUUUCUAAACCACUUGAUGACGGUCAGAAGCCCUCAUCUUCAAGAUAUUCGGAAUUCCCUACUGAACAGAGUUACAACCAUGGCACCGGGAAUAGGAAACGGCUCAUCACUCACUCGACAACAACUAGAGCGACAGGCGUAUUACCGCUGAGGCUGUCGGCAAAUUCAAGCUGGCAGACUCCCCCGACAAUAGUCAAUGUGUCCAUGUUCCCUGAGCCAGCGAGUGCUCUAGCAUACGUUCCAUUAGACCUAUCCUCGGGAACCGUUGGCUACCUCAGUACUACCACACCAUCUCAGCCGCUCGAGAAGCUGCUUCUUGUGACCCGUUCAUUCAUGCAAGGCAAAUUUCAACCCGGCUCGCUGGCUUCAUCGGACAUUGAGAAUCCCGCACUAGUCCAGAAGCAAAUUUGUGAAAUCGAAAGGUGGUACAACGAUUUCAACCCGGGGUUCGAUCUUCUUGGUAAACAAAAGGUGCCCGAGGCGUUCCGCAUAUUUCAGAGGUGUUUCGAAGGCACACGAAAAAUCAUCAAACCCGAGUAUCCAUUCACCAUGAUAUUUGUAUGCCACCAAGCAAUACGCUGUGCCUAUUACGAUAGGAUAGGGCGGAACAUGUCAAAGUUUCUCCUCAAACAUGUUGCAGAGCUUUGUCAAGUAUUCCUGGGCGUGCACCACCCCUUGUCCGUAAUCGCCGACGGCCUGGCUCGAAUGGAUAUUUUCGAAUUUGCCCUCUGCAUUGGGCCCUUUAUGGACCACUAUAGUGAUGCCUUGGAGCCCUUUCUGGAGAAAUCCGAAAUGGCUCUUGGAGAGCUGUCGGGCUCCCGCGGAUUGGGCAUUAGCCUGAUGGAAGGCACCGGCAUGCUGGGCCUGUACGAGGCGAAACCCAGGCUUGAUGUGGCGACGCGCAAAGCCCGGGAGCGCGGCCUUUCUACUCUGCAUCUCCAGAUUGAAACAGCGGCCAUGCUACAGAGGAACAAGUUCUUGAACGAAGCAUUAGCAAUAAUACUCGAGCUUCGUCAAUCCAAAGAGGGGCAAGCCAACCCAUACCAAUUCUUUUACUCGGGCGUCAUCUUGACGCACAUUUUUCGAAGCAUGAAGAACUACGAUGGUCAGAUCCGAGUGCUUUACGAAAUGGUCGACUCCUUGAGCGCAUCUAGUGCAAAUGAUGAUGAAAUGCAGCUGACUUUUUCCUACAAGGUGUACAUGGAAAUACGGCAAAGCAGCCUGCUUUUGGUUCUUGGCUGGCUGAUGGAAGCUUUGCGCAAGAUGGGACGCACAGAUGAAGCAGACAGGGUCCGGAUUCGAUACGACGAGGCUGUAGAGAAUCCAAUAUGA